AUGCUUUGCCUAGAGAUUGUUGAGGUGCACGCGCCUGAUAGAGUGAUGCGUCAAUUUGGUUUUCCCCAACAUGUACCUGUGAUUCCUAGUUGGGGAACUAACCACCACGUGCAUGAUCAACGUAGGAGGCUUGGANCAUUAAAUUCUCGACUCCAAACUCACAUAUUUCGUGAUUGGGGUAAUCGACAUCAGAGUUUAGCGAUUGAGGUAAAUGAUGGUACUAGCAGGACAGGGUAUAGAUUGUGGUACAUGCAAUAUGGAAGGUUGCUUAUAGUGGCAGAGAGACACAACCUCAACUUCACAUGGUGA